UAAAAUCCCAUUUUACCCCUUCCCCCCUGUUCCGCCCCCCCCUAAAAGCUCUGGCUACAUCCUACAAACCCACCAGCCAUGGCGACUACACCAUCCAAACUCCCCUACCUUCCACUCUUUCUCCUCUUCGUCUUCACUAAAUCUCAACCAGCAUCAGCAAUCGCGCCCAGAUUCCCUUCCUCCAUCCUCCGUUCCCACAACAAUUUGGAUUCCCCUGCUUUCAUUUCAGCAUCUCUGGACGCCAAUCACAAUCCGCAGCAGCUCUACAGAGAGGAAUUCUUCACCCAGGUGCUGGAUCACUUCACUUAUACUCCCCAAAGUUACCAAACUUUCCAGCAGAGGUACCUCGUCAACGACACUUACUGGGGCGGCGCCAAGAACAAAGCUCCCAUCUUCGUCUACACAGGCAACGAAGGCGGCAUCGAAUGGUUCGCUCGCAAUACCGGCUUCAUGUUCGACGUUGCCCCUCACUUCAACGCCCUACUCGUCUUCAUCGAGCAUAGAUUCUACGGGAAAUCAAUGCCCUUUGGUGGAGACGCAAAGAAGGCCUACAAGGACGCCACCACGCUGGGAUACUUAAGCUCUACUCAGGCGCUAGCCGAUUUCGCCACGCUCGUUGUUGACCUGAAGAAGAACCUUUCAGCUGUUGAUUCUCCUGUUGUGGUCUUCGGCGGAUCCUACGGUGGAAGUAAUUCAGUUGCUUUUGUCAAUUGAGGUUUUGAUUUGGAUAAUGGGUUAGUCAAUAGAUCAUUGUGUUUAUGGUUUAUUAACCUGGGGGAAUUGAAUGGAAUGGCUGGUCGCAGUGCUGGCAGCGUGGUUCAGGCUCAAGUAUCCGCAUGUGGCCAUAGGAGCAUUGGCGUCUUCUGCACCAAUCCUCGACUUCGAUGAUCUAACCUCCCCAUACAGCUUCGCCUCCAUAGUCACUCAUGACUUUAGGAGUGAGAGCGAGAGCUGCUACAGGGUGAUUAAGGAAUCAUAUGAUUUGAUUACCCACACGGCAACGCAACCAGGAGGAGUCGAGAAGCUCCGCAGCUCCUUUCACCUAUGCAAGAAGGAGGAUGUGGACUCCCUGUCGGGUUGGCUAGACACUGCAUGGAUAUACACCGCCAUGACUGAUUAUCCAACACCUUCGAAUUUUCUGCAACCAAUGCCAGCUUAUCCGGUGCGAGAGAUGUGCCAGGCGAUGGAUGAUCCGAAGACCGGCAACGAUUCCUUCGCCAAGCUCUUCGCCGCCGCUAGCGUCUAUUAUAACCACAGCGGAACCGCGCCCGCUUGUUUCGGUUUUGGCGACGAUUAUUAUUCUGAGGAGCUCGGAGCCAACGGAUGGAAUUGGCAGGCAUGCACAGAGAUGGUGAUGCCACAAGGAGCAAGCGACGAGGAAAGCAUGUUCCCAGUCUCAGCCUGGAGCUUUGAUAACAGCUCCUGCGACCCAAUCUACAACAUCUCCCCCCGCCCCCACUGGAUCACCACUCACUUCGGCGGCCAUAAAAUAGAGCAAGUGCUGAGGAGGUUCGGCAGCAACAUCAUCUUCUUCAAUGGCUUAAGAGAUCCUUGGAGCGGCGGAGGGGUGCUGCACAACAUCUCCAGCACCAUAGUCGCCAUUGUAGCAGAAAAAGGUGAGAGCUUGUUUUGAUUCUCUGGGAUUAAUUAUACUAUUGUUAUUACGCUGUCUAAUCUCCAACUAGUGUUGAGUAAUGUGUGUUUAAUUUAAUCAAUUGUGUAAGAAAGAAUCAUGACCAAUGUUUGAGGUGGCUACACUACACGUGGCAAGCACAGGUGCUCACCAUGUGGAUCUAAGGUCCGCGACGAGGGAAGAUCCAGAAUGGCUUCGAGACGUGAGGAGAUCAGAGAUCCGAAUCAUUGGCAGGUGGCUGGCCCGGUACUAUCAUCACUUGCCUCAUCCUCGGCCCAACCAUAAUAAGAGGAGGCCCAGAGUCCAUGUCUAUUAGGUUGUGGAUAAGAUGGAGAAAGUAAACAAGUCCAUCGAAUUGGGUUGGUCUGAUUAGAGUAGUACUAUUGGCCAAUGUUCAUCAGUACGGGUCACUCUGAUAAGCCCAAACGUAGCCCACAUCCAUUUGUCACGGCAAGUCAAGGAGAAUUGAAGCGGACAACAAAAUAUGAUUUUCAUAUAAUUAAUUCCUACAAUACCUUGAAGUAAGAUAACUUGAUUUCUUUUACCUGCUAUAACAGGUUUCACAGG